AUGGGCAAAGCCGCACCACCAGCGUAUCGGGACGACCCCGAUGCCGUCUCUCUACAUACGACACCCGACGACUACAGCUACGACGAUGCGCCAGAAAUCUCAGGGCUUCCGCCUUCAUACACGGACAGCGAAGCAAGCACUGCCCCAAUCUCAGCGCCCAUCCGCCAUGUCCCACCUCCAUCCACUCGAACGAACCACGAUAACCCCGCAUUCAAGAACGGGAGGCCUGUUGUCUGCGAAACGGAAACAAUCAUGGAUUCCAAGCUCGACACUGAUCCAGACGCCCUCGAACAGAGAAUUUGCCAUGCCGGAAACAAUAUGCCGACGCCCUACAUCUACAUAAUGGGCACACACAAAGAGACCGUGAGGCGCGGCGACAAGAAGGAAACACAUCACGUUACCGACUUCCGCAUCGUGGUUAACAUACAACGAUACAUAAAUCCUGUCCAUGGUACAUCGUAUAUCCCGUCUGUAGCCAUCACCACAGUCGAGAAUGGAGAGAAAACUCACAGAGGCACCAUCCUGAAAUGCCGUGCGCCAGGCGCCAAGCAAGACAUCGAGGUCGGUACUCCAAAGCCGACACUGAAGGAAUGGUGCCAUCGAUACUGCGCGUCACCAAGGAUGUUGCGGAUCUUCCGGCUAGAGCGCCCCGUAACUGGCUUGGACCAGCAGCAUCUCAAGAACCGCAUCGAAGGCCUGAUAUCCUCCGCAAACUACCGCGGUAACGUCAGCGUCACUUUCCCCAUCGAGGACCGCUAUCUCGACAUUUACACCAGCAACAAGAUCAACGAGUGGAGGCUGAAGACAUGGGUCUGCUGGAUCUUUUACCUCACGUUCCUCUGGAUCUUCACGUGGCCGUACCUCUUCUUCAUGACAAAGCGAUAUGCGGUUGUAAGAGCCGAGUGGCCAUUUUCUGUCAUCGGGGACAAUGGGACGAAGAAGUACACGACUAUCAGUGAGGAGCAGUGGUUUGAGAAGUGGAAGGUUGGUGUGCGUAGGCUGGUGCUUGAUAGGUAUCAAGGUGAGGCGACGGAGGAGAUGAUGCAAGGAGUCAUGGCGAGGCCGGAGGACCCACCGAUGCCAAAUACUAUUCGUACAGGGCAUGCGGGGGUUGAUAGUGCGGUAGGUGUGUUAACACAGGGCUUUCAGGUCGCGCGGGCGAUUCAAAAUGGAGGGAAUGCUGGGAGAGGUUUGCAGGGUGGUUGGGGAUAUAAUACUUGA